CCUCAAUGCACUAUUAUUUUAUGUUAUGUUGCACUUGUGAAUUUUAAGGAGCUCUUCAGGACGUACGGUGUACGCUAAUCAAUUGAAAUGUUGAAGUGUUAACACUGUCUUCGGGUGCGCGCGCAACCCUUCACCUUUGGAGACUUGGACGACGAUGAUUUUAAUGGACAUAGUUUUUGUUUAAUAAAAUAUUAAAUUUGGCGUCGAACGUGUUGACUAGAUUUUAGACAAUAGUCAGUUAUUAUUUAGUUAUUAUUCGGAAAUCGGACAGAAGUUUUACUGUGACUUUUAGUGCUAGGAUUAAGUGGUAAUUCGGUGUUGAAAGUGUUGGACAAAAAUUGGAUUUUAGUUCGGCAUUUUAGUUACAAAAAGUAAAAAUGGCGAAGGCUUGGGGUGCAGAAUUUUGUUCGAGCACGUGGACAAAGUUCAGACCAAUGUUUUUAUUCGUAUUGGAAAGCAAAAUGAAGCUGCUUUGGAAAUAAUUUUGCAAUUGAAAUCAGUCGGACCCUGACAAAUCUAGUGUUCAUUGGUUGAAGUUAAUAAUCUGAGGAAACUCAUUCAUUAACACAAUAACUAGGUUUGAGUGUCAUAUUGCUUUAAGACAGUUUACAAUGUUUUUAUAUUUCUUCAAAUACUUUAGAAUGCAGUAGAAGUGAUUUUGAUUGGUGGCCAUCAAAUGAAAAAGCGACAUGUCUCAUAAAAUAUCGAGCAUUUAGUAAAUAUUCCAAAGAUGUCUGAAGCAUUCUGAGGCUGUCUGAAAAAUAUACUGAAGAUUAUUAAAAGUUCAAUUCUCCACUAAUGAACCAACUGCUAUCAUCAACCCAACAGACUUUAUCGACUCUAGUCAAUCAAACAGUAAGCUCAUAUCAAGUAUCUAUCAGGCUGUUCAAUUCUCCACUACUAAACCCACAGCUAUCAUCAGCCCAACCGACUUUAUCGACUCUAGUCAAUCAAACGUUCAAUUCUCCACUACUAAACCCACUGCUAUCAUCAGCCCAACCGACUUUAUCGACUCUACUCAAUCAAACGUUCAAUUCUCCACUACUAAACCCACUGCUAUCAUCAGCCCAACCGACUUUAUCGACUCUAGUCAAUCAAACGUUCAAUUCUCCACUAAUGAACCAACUGCUAUCAUCAACCCAACAGACUUUAUCGACUCUAUUCAAUCAAAUG